AGUCCCAUAUAAAAAAAAGGUCUCACACUAAAAUAAAAACAAUAGUUGGUGAUAGAUUUAAAAACUUAUGCGUUCAGUCAGACAUUAAAGUUCAGAACAAGAGAGAGGUAAAGUUUGUAAACUAAACAUGACGAGUGAUAAACAUUUUGAUGAUUUACUAGAAAGUGACGAUGAGUUACCCGUUGACUAUGUAGAGGUUCCUGACAUACCAGCUUACAAAUUGGACAACCGGUUUAAACCUAUAAAGUUUAGCUGGAUUGAUUCAAACUUCAGCAAAUAUUAUAAGAAAAAAAUAUCACAAAAUAAUGUCAAGAUGUCAGUUCUUUAUCCAUAUUUGAAUGAAGAUAUGUUACGAAGCAAGACUGAGAAUUUGGGACUUGGAAAAAAAACCUUAAUCUUAAAUAGUGUAUUACCUUCAAAUGAUAUUUAUUGCUUGAAAUGUAUUGAAUCAUCUUCAAGCGAUUCCUUUUUUCUUUGGUUCAUAAAUUUUCUCAUCUAUAAAGACUUGCAAUCUGACUUCUCCUUUCUUAAGUCAUGUCUUGUUAAUUUCCCUGAGAAGUGUGAUGAUGACGGUAACAAGGAUAUCAUGGAUACUGACAUCAAAAACUAUAAUUUUGAUUUUGUUUAUUAAUGAUGAAGAACUGUAAUUUUGUUACAAGAC